AUGUCUUACACGAGGAGGUUGUUGGAGAGGCAAGAGCGAGAAAAUGAAGAACGAAUGCGCAAACGAGUUGAAGAAGAAAGAGAGUGGGAAGACGAUGAUGAUCACGUUGCCAUGGCAAUGACUAUUUUCCAUCAAUCAAGCCAAGGCCACCGUGGUUCACAAGUCGGGUGUGGCCUGAAUUUGGGCAAUUCUGGAAGCCGUUGCAUUCUAUCAUUCGAUACCUGGGUUUGGCAUGCAUUUUUCGGAGUUGCGGGAUCUCAAAACAACCUUAACGUGCUCGGUCAAUCUCCGGUGUUCAACGAUGUGUUGAGAGGUCAAGCCCCUCAAAUCACGUAUGAAAUCAACAAUAUUGUCUACUCGAGUGGGUACCACUUAGCAUAUGGAAUUUACCCAAGGUGGACGACAUUCGGUUAUAGGAAUAAUGUGGAAAGGUGUUUUGGUAUCCUCCAAGCUCAAUGGUCAAUCAUUAGGGUGGCUGCUUGUUUGUUUGAUGAAGAUGUGCUUCGAAGCAUUAUGAUUACAUGCAUCAUCCUCCAUAACAUGAUUGUGGAGGAUGAGUAUGAUUAUGAUGAACUAGAGAUGUUUGAACCCGAUACCAUGAACACGACAUUGACAAGAAUUUAUGAAUGGCCCGUGGGAGAAAAUGAACAACUAUUGGAGCACGAACCAUUGAUUAGGGAUGGUCAUUACAACAAUAGUAUGAUUGACCGUUAUACGGAAAUGCAAUAUUCUUAUAUUCACAAAAGACGUCAAGUUGACUUGAUAGAGCACUUAUGGGCGCUAAGAGACAAUCACUGUCAAUAA